UCGGCUAGCGAGCCUUUCCCUCCGACGCGUGAACUCUCCGACAAGGUCGCUGUUCAUUAAGGCGCGAGCGAAGUACUUCCCCUGAUACUCGAUAAAGGGAUUCUCUUGUCAGUUUUUAACCGUCGUUCAUUGUAUCCACCGUUCCACGAUACAAAUAUAACAGUAAAUAUGUAUCUCUUGUGGCUUCUUUUUUCUCUGAUUGUGCUUACUAAAGCCGAAUUCUGUUAUAAUGACGUUGAAGCAGCCUGUAGUUCUAGACCCACACCAGUAGAUGGGCCUUUGCUUGCUAACUGUAAUGCAAAGUAUGGCUCCUUCGAAGCCUUGCAAGCCGAUCUUCAGGCUUAUGCCAAUGCUCAUAUCGAAACUAGUUUUGAAUUUCUCUUGAUGUCGGCACACUUUGGAAAUUAUGAAGCGAACCGUGAAGGAUUCAAACAUUUGUAUCGCAAAUUAUCAGACAAGUCCUGGGAGGAUGCUAUUGAUGUAAUUAAAUUUAUCACCAAGAGAGGAGGAAAAAUGAACUUCAAUCAAUUACCACGCUUUAAGAAGAAUGCUAAAGACGGUCGAGUUUUGGAGCUGAACGAAUUGAACAGUCUCGCUAAAGCUCUUGAUACUGAGAAGCAACUGGCUGAAGAGGCACUUCGUAUCCACACUCAAGCUCAACACCACACGAAACAAGAUGCAUCCGUUGCACAUUACAUCGAGGAACAGUUCUUUGAAAAACAAGCAGAUUGUGUGCGCACUCUUGCUGGACACACCAAUGAUCUGAAAGAUCUUCUUGGUGAUCGGGAUGCCUCUGUUUCUGUGUACCUGUUUGAUGACUAUGUGAAGAAAACCCUAUGAAUAUAUUUUGUAUCUAAUUAGUAAACCCACUAACACACGCAUAUUUCUUGUGUUACAACCGAUCGAUUGAUAUUUUCAUCAUUUCGUCUAUUACUUCGUAAAUAAUACAUAUAUAUUGUAGAAAUCUGAGAACAAUAAACUCGAAUUUUUGUAAUAAA